UUCACCUUAAACCCUAAAACCCCCGAGCCGCUCACCCGCCCUCUUCGUCUCUGAUCUUGUGCGGAGAGAGAGAUGGGGAGAUCGCGAAGGAAGUACAAGAAUUCGAGAACGAAGGUUCAAGUGGGACUACCAAAGAAGAAUCCUCGCAUAUUCAAACCUUCCUUCUCUCUCCCUCCAAAGCUUCGUUCCAUGAUCGAUUCCUCCGAUCCCAAAUGGGACGACCAAGGCAGGGUUCUCGACAACUACAAAGCUUUCGGCCUUGUUUCUAACCCUAACUUCCUCGGCGUCCGAUCUCGCACUUCUCACAUCAUCGAAAGCGAGUCUCUUCAGGUUCCUCCUCCCGCCGCCGAUUCCACUGUCUCCGAGUUCGACCCCGUCGAUUCCGGCAGCGACCUUGAAGAAGACGACUUAAAAUCAGCCCUUGGAAAGAAGCGAAGAGAUGGGAAGAGUGCACCUCUGCAACCACUGACAACCAUGCAACGAACUCACAUUGGCAGACUCAUAGAAAAAUAUGGAGAUGAUUAUCAGAGCAUGUUCAUGGAUACAAAACUUAACAGGAUGCAGCAUUCGGUUGGCACUUUGGAGAAUUUAUGCAAAAGAUACCACAUGUAUAAAGAUAAAAAUCCCUUGAUUGUGGGCUGUUGAGCAUGAUUCAGCUUGGAUUAUAUCAGGAGAUUCUGCAGUUGCAACCGGAAUUUUUCUUAAAUUUUACUGUAAGGGGUAUAAUGAUUUUUGGAUAUCAGAGGUGUUUUUUCCUAGCUCUUUGGGCUUUUAUAUUGUAUGAUGAUUGCUCCAAGUCCUUACCCUCCAGAGAAUGUCCUAUAUGGAAAUUUGGAUCUCAUACGAAAGUUUUAGUCAUUUUAUGUCGUUUCUGCAAAACUUCUUGUUUCUUUUUUUCUUUUUUGGAAUUGUUUUCUCACAGCUUCUUUGAUAACAAAUUAGUCAUUGAAGUUGCUGAAAAGCAUGGUGAACUUCAAUCCACUAGUGUUUUCUUGGUUUGUAA